AUGGAGUGCGCCCUGGACGCCCAGAGCCUGAUCAGCAUCUCCCUGCGCAAGAUCCACAGCUCCCGGACCCAGCGCGGUGGCAUCAAGCUGCACAAGAACCUCCUAGUGUCCUACGUGCUCCGCAACUCGGACUUCGGUGUGCACUGCAGCAGCCAGACCACCGUGCUGGACUUGGACACUCACGUGGUGACCACGGUGGAAAACGGCUACUUGCACCAGGACUGCUGCGCCUCCGCCCACUGCCCCUGCUGUGGCCAGGGCGCUCCGGGACCUGGCCUGGCCUCAGCCCCUGGUUGCAAGCGCAAGUAUUACCCUGACCAGGAGGAAGAGGACGACGACGAGGAGGACGCGGGUGACCUGGGAGCCGAGCCCCCCGGGGGCGCCCCGUUCGCCCCCUGUAAACGCGCCCGCUUUGAGGACUUCUGCCCGGACUCGUCCCCGGACGCGUCCAACAUCUCAAACUUGAUCUCCAUCUUUGGCUCGGGCUUCUCGGGGCUGGUGAGCCGACAGCCGGACUCCUCGGAGCAGCCGCCGCCGCUCAACGGGCAGCUGUGCGCCAAGCAGGCGCUCGCCAGCCUCGGCGCCUGGACUCGAGCCAUUGUCGCCUUCUAGGGACCCCCGAGGGCAUGGGGACCCUGGGCCCCGCGGGGCUGGGGCCAGACAAAGACUCGGCCAAGGGACGGUAGGGAGCGAGCGGGUCCUGGCCACUCGGGGCAAGCUGGGGGCGAGCAGAGGCUGUUUUAUAAAUUGUAAAAUAAAAAAAAAUCUAAAAAAUCUUGGACUUUAUUUUUGCAGAGAGAAAAAGCGCCUAUUUAAGUAUGCUUUGUGUUUCUCUUACUCUUUUUUUCUUUUUAUUGUACUGAUUGCAGUGGUGUUUAGCGAGGAGCCUGCCACGUGAGGCAGGGCUGCUGCCCGGAGGAGGUGCGGGGUAGCCGGGGGCGAGGCUGGGUGCCGGGGGGGGCAGGGGGCCAACGCAGGAGGGCGCGGGGCUCGGGACGCCGACUCCAAUCAGUUGUCAGAGCCUGGAAGCCCGACGUUCCGCUCUCCUGAGUUCCUCUCUGGGGUGAGGAAUGAGUCUUGUGAAAUUCUGAGCAAAAAAACAAAGGCAAACUCUAUCUCCAAAAGGGACGUUUCGGUCACAUUUCCUCUCUGGGGGCGGCCUCCAAAGUUCUCAAAAUGAGAAGGCAGAAAUGAAAACACUUCAACUUUUUUUUUUCUUUUCUUGCCGGGGCGGGCGUCUAGAACCCCUCCUCUCUCCGCCCCUCUGGCUCGGUCCUCCUCCCCUCCUCCACCGCCUCCCGGACCAGGGGGAAGGUGGCGCCCGACACCCCGACACUCAGCUCUGUUGGGGAAGGGGUGGGGGGCGAGCAGGGCGAACUACAUUUCCCAUCAUGCCCAGUACUGCGGUCCUCACUAAACAAAAAAGGAAGUCGAUUCCUUCACCUGGAUCCCCGGCGGCCCCGGGGGAGGGAGGGGCCCGGACCGCGGACUGCUCUGGAGACUUUUCGCUUAGCUUCACUUAGCUCCUGGUCAGUUGUGGUGUUUGUGUGCGCGCUUCUAAGUUACCUUGUCUUGCUUCAGUCUUCGGUUCCAUCUCAUGAAACCAGCAUUGUUCCAGCCUGUGAGAACCCUGUCUGCGUCCUCAGCUCAAUAGAUUUUGUUUAAUUUAAAAGCCUUUUGUUGUGAGAAGGUGAGGUUCGCCUAGACCCCCUCUGAGUCUCUACUGUCACCACCCCAGGGACUCCAAAACAAGUUGCCAACCUUACCUUCCUGGCCCUUCUUCCUCCUGUAUUUUUGUGCAUACUGAAUUGAAUCUCACCGGGUAAAACUGUUCAGAUUGUUUAAAUUUAUAAUCUUAAUAAAAAGUCGACUGUAGA